AUGAAACUGGGGGCGAGCCAGGACACGUAUGGCGCCGGAAGCGAUUCCGCUCGCAGUGCAUCGGCUAUUUCAAUCUCUUCUGUCAUGGCAGACAUCAAGGAGAAGUUCAAAAACGACGAGGAGGAGCAAGUUUCACCUUUUCAGGGUCUAGACAAGGCCACAGUCUUACAGGAGACCAAAAUCUUUUCGGACGCCAACACCGUGACUCGGCAUCCAAAGAAAUGUUGCCAGCUGAUUACAAAGCUGCUUCAUAUAUUAACUCAAGGUGAGCCCUUCACGAGUGCUGAGACGACUGCCGUCUUCUUUGGCGUCACAAAGCUUUUUCAGUCCAAAGAUGCCAAUCUACGCCGUAUGAUGUACCUAUUCAUCAAGGAGGUGGCCGAGGCCACUGCCGCUGACGAGGUGAUCAUUGUGACACAAAGUCUGACUAAGGACAUGAGCUCAGACGUGGAUUUAUACCGUGCAAAUGCUAUCCGAGUGCUUUGCCGUAUCAUUGAUGGCUCCAUGUUGAACGCUAUUGAGCGCUACAUUAAGCAAGCAAUAGUUGAUCGUAAUGCUCUUGUAGCUAGUUCGGCUCUGGUGGCGGGUAUUCAUUUAAUCAAAAACAACUCGGAGAUUGUGCGUCGCUGGGUGAACGAAGUGCAGGAGGCCGUUAACUCUACAAAUGAUAUGGUUCAGUAUCACGGUGUCUCGCUGCUGUAUCACAUCCGACAGCAUGACAAGCUUGCAGUGUCAAAGUUUAUUACACAGCUCCAGAAGACCAGUCUCCGCUCGAAUCUUGCUACGUGCUUACUGAUCCGUUAUACGACGACGCUACUGCGAGACAACGCAGGUGGCCAGGAUCCCGCUCCGCUUUAUUCGUUUUUGCAGAAGAUGCUCUAUCAUAAAAAUGAGAUGGUUCUCUAUGAAGCUGCCAGGGCACUGUGUACACUGCCAGUUGACUCGCGUGACCUGACACAAGCAAUAGUCGUACUUCAACUGUUUCUGAGCUCCUCCAAGCCUACUCUCCGUUUCGCUGCUGUGCGGACUCUCAGUCAAGUAGCAUUGACGCAACCGAUGCUUGUUACACGCUGCAAUGAGGAUAUGGAGGCACUUAUUACUGACUCGAAUAGAUCUAUUGCUACGCUAGCCAUUACCACGCUUUUGAAGACUGGUGCCGAGUCAAGCGUUGACCGUUUAAUGAAGCAGAUAUCAACUUUUAUGGGCGACAUUGCAGAUGAGUUUAAGAUCGUGGUCGUGGAGGCCAUCAAGAAUCUAUGCGUGAAGUAUCCUCAAAAGCAUCGCGUGUUGCUUAAUUUCUUGGCCAAUUUUCUUAGAGAAGAAGGAGGGUUUGAUUUCAAGAAGACGAUAACGGACGCGAUUCUUUUCUUAAUUGAACGUAUUCAAGAGUGCAAAGAUAGUGCACUGCUACAUCUGUGUGAGUUCAUCGAGGACUGUGAAUUUACUCAAUUAUCGACUAAGAUUCUGCGCGUCCUGGGGCAAAAGGGACCGACAACAUCAGUACCAGCGCGUUACAUUCGCUUUAUCCGGAAUCGCGUUAUUCUAGAAAAUGCACCGGUGCGCGCUUCGGCUGUUUCAGCUCUAGCUCAAUUCGCAAUUCGCGUUGCUUCUCUUCGCGUGAGCAUUUCGUCGCUACUACAGUGCUGCAAACUUGAUGAUGACGACGAAGUUCGCGACCGAGCUACAAUGUAUCUCUCCAUUUUGAACGGUGAUGAAGUAAUCAGUCGUGCGCUACUUGUAGAGGAUUUUCCCAUUUGUGUUGCAACACUUCAGAAAUCUAUUGAACAGUACGAGCUGCGCCUCGCAGAUGGUCCUCUUACUUUCGAAGCAUUGCCGCAUGUUGAUGUUGACGAGGUUGUCGUCGAAUCAAGUAUUGAUGAUGCAGAGGCUGACAUCGAGACGAUUCAGGCAGAUACAGUACCUGAACCGCAAGACGUUGCAAAGGAGCUAUACACCAUCCCAGAGUUUGCUGAGCUUGGUGCGCUUUUUCGUUCGUCCAAGCGUCUUGAGCUUACUGAGGCUGAAACGGAAUAUGUCGUCAGCUGCACGAAGCACGUUUUUGCGCAGCAUUUGGUGCUCCAGUUCAAAGUGCUUAAUACAGUAAGCGACCAGCUUCUUACGAACGUAAGAGUAGAAUUCGUCUUGGAGCCGGAAGACGUUUGGCAGGUACAAUCGGUUAUUCCCGUCAGUAAAUUGGCCUAUGGUAAGACCGGCUCGUGCUAUGUCUGCUUGCGAUUCACUGGCGAUGGUGUCUACCCUGUUGUUCAGCUUGCCAAUGUUGAGCUAUUGUUUAAAGUGCAUGAGGUCAACCCUUCGUCCGGUGAGGUUGAAGACGACGGCUUUGAUGAAGAAUACCCAAUGGAGAAUCUUGAGAUCGGCGCGUCAGAUCUGAUGGCAAAAGUCUCUGUGAAUGAUUUUCGUUCGGCCUGGGAAAGCAUUGGUGACAGUGCCGAGGUUAAGGGUAGCUUUGGUCUCAAGUACAAGACUCUGGUGGAGGGCGUGGCGGCAGUCAUCGAAAACCUCGGCAUGCAACCUUGUGAGAAUACCGCUGUGCCCCAGCCAAAGGCAAGGGCGCACAUUUUGCUACUAUCGGGUGUAUUUGUUGGUGGCGUCAAAUCACUUGUAAAGUCCAGGAUAUCACUGGACGAACAGAGUGACAGCUUGAUUUUGCAGAUGGCCGUGCGCACGGAAAUGGAAGAAAUUAGUCAGACCAUCAUGGACUGCAUUCGAUAA